UGCCAUAUUUUGUUAUCUGUCAAUAAUUGAAUUAGUUAACCUUAAUUCUGUUACCUACUGACUAACGUAGCAUUGCAAGUGUUUAUAUUAUAAUAUAUUAUUAUUUAAAAUGAAGAUAAAAAAGCAGCAUCGGAAGAAAAAAUAUUUACAUAAACUUAAUAGAAAGAGAAUGCAUCUUAAACAAAAAAGUACAGGCGAUGUAAAAUGUCAAGUAAUUAAAGAAGCCUGGAAUCAUAAAAAGUCUUCAUAUCGAAACCUUCGUGAAAUGGGACUUGCUAAUGAUCCAAAUAAGGCUAUUAAAAUACCUAACUUUAAACAAGAACAACUACGUAUUGCUAAACAAAUUGUAAAGAAUGGUGAAUCUGAUACCGAAGAAGAAGUAGAAACGAUAAAAAGAGUUCCUCCCAAAAUACGAGUAGCAGAAACAUUAGAACGAGUAGCAAAAGCACCAAGGGAACGGAAAUUCAUGCUGCCUAAAGGACAAGUUGAAUAUGUAACAUAUUUAUUGGAUAAAUAUGGGCACGACUACAAGGCAAUGGCAAGAGACAAAAAGAAUUAUUAUCAAGAAACAUGGAAACAGAUAAGGUCAAAGAUAAAAACAUUUAUGGGUAUACCUAAACAAUAUGGAGAAUAUCUGAAAUCUAGGGGAUUAUUAGAUAAAGAAGAAAGUGAAGAAGUGUUGAAGGAACAAGCUAAAGCUUUAGUUAUGGAUGAUAGUGAUUAAGAGACUCAAUAUUAUUUUAAGAAAA